UCUAGGGCAUAAUUUUUGCCUAACCAUGUCAGUGAUUUGCCUUAAUACCACCAUUUGUGAAUUCUUCUGAUUUGUGGACACCCUAUUGUUUCGCUCCAUCCAGAUCUUAUUGACAGUCGUGGAGAGUACCAGCUUCCUCAUCGAAUUUUUGCUUUCUUCCAACUUCAUUUUAGUUUCCAAAUAAGAUCAUCAAAUUUGGUAGCAUCCCCAAUAAUGGAAUGGAAAGGAAAGGAAAGGAAUAUUCGGAGCUCCUGAUUAAGGGUGAGAGAGGAUCUAUAUUUUCUAGGGCUUGGAUUCUAUAAACUUUAUAGGGUUUAUAUAUCAUAAUAAGAUUCAGGAAUCGAUUGGUUGAUUUGUCAUUGAUAUAGAUAGAGAGAGAGAUUUGAUUAUGGCGGAGAUCUAUCAAGUAUUGGUGAGAGUAUUAGACGGCAAGCACAAAAUCCUCAAUUUCGCGUCUCCAUCAAUAUCAGCCAACUCUAUCAAACACCGUCUCUGCGAGAUCACCACCAUCCCUAUCCAAAAUCAACGGCUCCUAUCCAACGGCCGGCAACUUGAAGACCAAACCCUAAUUACCGACGAUGGCACCCGCUUGUUCCCCACGGUGCACCUCCUCCUACGCCUCCGCGGCGGCAAGGGCGGCUUUGGCUCGCUCCUCCGUGGCGCCGCCACCAAGGCCGGGCAGAAGAAGACCAACAAUUUCGAUGCUUGUCGUGAUAUGAGUGGACGGCGGCUAAGGCACGUGAACGCGGAGAAGAAGCUGGAGGAGUGGAAGGCGGAGGAGGAGGAGAGGCGGCUCGAGAAGAUCGCCGAGGAGUUUAUCAAGAAGAAGGCGAAAACGGUGAAGAAGGCUGGAGGGGCGGGGGAGGCGGAUAAAUAUGUGGAGAAGUAUAGAGAGGAAUCGGCCAAGUGUAUGGAGGAGGUCGAUAGAUCGGUGAGAGAAUCCAUUGCCGGGUUGGUGAAUUCCAAACGCAAGGCUGCCGGGUUGAAUGGAUCGGAAGGAAAAAGAUUGAAGAUAUGGAUGGGAAAGAGAAAAUUGGGUGAGAAUGAUAGUGACGGUGAUGAUAUGGAUGAGGAUGACAGCUCUGAUGAUGAGGAGGAAAAUGAGAAGUCUGUCAUUAUUAAUCACAUGAAUCAUUCAUCUUCGAAUAAGGAAACAGAGGGGAGUCCUGGCUCUGUUACUGGUGGGAAACUUGGUGGAGAAUCUUCCGAUGGGAUUUCAUCUGAGAGCGGUUCUGAGGGUGAGGGAACUGUGGUAGCAGGAGAUUUAGAAUCUAAUGGAAGUCCUUGUGGAGAUGCAGCUCACAGUGAAGGCAAUGUGGCUGCUGAACUAGCUUUAGAGGUUCAUGAAGAAAAGAUGGAUAUACCUUUCCAGGAGCGGGCAGUAGUUUCUGCAACUGAAGCAUUUCAGCCUGAAAAGCAAGCAUCUGAUGGAUCUGUGUUUGGGAAUGUGGAGGGAAGUGUUGGUCAACCAUCUAUAACUUCCAGCUCUGCAGAGGCGGCGGAUUUUUCAAGUGGAGAAAGUGAUUCGGAAAUUAACCGGGAUUCGGAAUCCAAAUUAGUAGUUCUUGAGGAAACAGUGGUCACAAGCACAAAUAUGUGUGAUAUAGAGAAGCCAUUGAACUUCGAUGACUAUAGUUCUGAAACAGAAAUGGAGGUUCUUGGCAUGGAAAGAUUGAAAUCUGAGUUGCAAGCCCGGGGGCUUAAAUGUGGGGGUACUUUGCGAGAGCGAGCUGCCAGGCUUUUCCUGCUCAAGACCACGCCCGUGGAGAUGCUUCCAAAAAAGCUGCUUGCCAAGAAAUGAGGUUUUCUAGUAUGCUUCAUCUGACUUGGUUCUAUUUUGUGUCGAUUUGUACCAUUAGUGAGAUCCAUGCUGAAGUGUGCAUCUUUAGUUGUACUACUGGUUAUUAGUUGAUACUCCUGUUGUAAAGCUGCAACUUUGUGAAACAGUUUAAUGAGAUUAUCCUCAUUAUGCCUUGAAAUUCUGACAUAAUGAAUAUAUGUAUAAUUAGCAAUGGCACAACAUGAUCUUUACUUGCUAUUCGUUGUUUAUAGUUAAAGUACAUGCACUCAG